GCGUCAUCUCCCGGCGCCGGUCGGUGCGAUGGCGGCGGCGGGGUGUGCGGCGGCGGCGCUGCGUGAGGCGGGCGCUCUGCGCUUCGGCGAGUUCGUGCUGAAGAGCGGCCGGGCCUCCCCCGUGUAUAUUGACCUGCGCGGCCUCGUCUCCCACCCGCUCCUCCUCCGCCAGGUUGCAGAUCUUCUCUUCCGAGCAGCCCAAGGUGCCGGCCUGCGGUAUGACUGCGUGUGCGGCGUGCCCUACACGGCGCUGCCCCUGGCCACCAUCAUCUGCGCAGAAAAUCAGAUUCCGAUGCUCAUACGGAGGAAGGAGGCAAAAGACUACGGUACUAAGCGGAUUGUAGAAGGCACCAUUAAUCCAGGAGAAACGUGCUUGAUCAUUGAAGAUGUGGUAACAAGUGGAUCUAGCGUACUGGAAACUGCAGAAGUUCUUCAGAAAGAAGGGUUAAAAGUCACAGAUGCUGUAGUGCUGUUGGAUAGGGAGCAGGGUGGGAAGGCCAGGUUAGAGGAACAUGGAAUUCGCCUGCAUUCUGUUUGCACAUUGUCCGGGGUGUUGGAGAUUCUCCAGGAGCAGGGAGAGGUGGCUGUUGAGAUGGUUGAAAAGGUGAAGAAAUUCAUUCAGGGAAGCAUGUUUGAGCCAGUGGCUCAGAAUGGUCCCACGCCCGUGAAAAGACUAUGUAAAGAGCUGAGCUUCGGUGCUCGUGCCGAGCUGCCAGGGGUACAUCCUGUUGCAGCCAGGCUUCUUGCACUCAUGGAAAAGAAGCAAACAAACCUGUGCCUCUCUGCUGAUGUUACCAGCUCCAAAGAGCUGCUGCAGUUAGCUGCCAUCCUGGGCCCCAGCAUUUGUAUCCUGAAGACUCACGUAGACAUCCUGAACGAUUUCACCCAAGAGGUAGUAAAGGAGUUGCGAACACUCGCAGAUCAACAUGAAUUCUUGAUUUUUGAAGACAGGAAAUUUGCAGACAUUGGAAACACGGUAAAACAUCAAUAUGAAGGUGGUGUGUUCAGAAUCGCAUCCUGGUCAGACAUUAUCAAUGCCCAUGUGGUUCCAGGCUCUGGAGUUGUGAAAGGUCUGAAGGAAGUAGGUCUUCCCCUCCAGCGUGGCUGUCUUCUGAUUGCUGAGAUGAGUUCCCAAGGGUCACUUGCAACUGGUGAAUACACAAAAGCUGCAGUACAGAUGGCUGAAGACAACUCCGAUUUUGUUUUUGGAUUCAUAUCUGGAUCUAGAGUUAGUAAUAAACCAGAAUUUCUUCACUUGACUCCAGGGGUGCAGCUGCAAACUGGAGGUGAUAACCUUGGCCAGAAGUACCUAAGCCCCAAGGAAGUUAUUAGUGAAAAAGGUUCAGAUAUCGUUAUUGUGGGACGUGGCAUCUUGUCGGCUUCAGACCGUCUUCAAGAAGCAGAGAAGUACAGGAAAGCAGCUUGGGAGAGCUACAUGAGCAGACUGGGUAUUCGUGCAGAAGAUUGAAAGCAGACUGCUUUCCUACUCCAUAAACAAAGCUGGUGGACCUGCAGUCAUCGUGAGGCUUCCAGUUAAAGACAUGGACAAUUCAGCCAACAGAAAACUGCCCUUUUGGGGAAGGACCUGUUCCUAACUGAAUUAUUUUUAAUCACACACACACAGUUCAACUUGUAAAUGCUGUGGUUACUUUUUCAGUAUUUUUUCAGUAUUUGAAUGUAUGAAAUAAAAAAUUCAUGCCCAUGCCCAGUUUCUAGCUUUGCUUUUCUCUGCUGAAAAAUAUUGCAUGAAAUACUCCAAGGGUAUUUGGUUGGCUGUUGUUGCUUUCAUUUCUUUUCCGCACCCUUAUUCCCUCUGGCUGUGGAAACAGUAUUUUACUGUUAAAAAACCCCCACCUGCAGACCUGACCUGCUGCCCUGCUCUCAGAGUAUUACUCCACUCUGCUGUUUCCAAGGAACAAGUAUGGGUCUUAAUCCCACACUGUGAAAUUGAAUAACGUGUUGUUUAGUAAAUAUUUUUUUUGCUAUUGUUUUCCUUUCA